AUGGCCGACGUCAAGGAACUCUUCGAGACCUUCGACGCGGACGGCUCCGGCCGCAUCUCGACGCAAGAAGUCGCCGGCCUCCUGGCCAAGCUCGGCGCCCCGAAGCCCGCGGCCGCGGUGGCCGCGCUCGUGGCCCAGGUCGACACCGACGGCGACGGCGAGGUGUCGUACGCCGAGUUCGAGGCCAUGCUCAGGUCGCAGGCGGACCUCGCGCACAUCGUCCAGGACAAGCGCCAGGCCAUCAAGCAGCUGCACGUGCGCCAGGGCGCGGGCAACUCGCAGCACUCCUUCUCCUCCGAGGAGGCCGAGGCCUUCACCGAGGUCCUGAACUCGCGCCUCGGCGGCGACGCCGCGCUCGCUUCGGUCCUGCCGCUGGCCCAGGACGCGGCGGACCCGCCGCUCUUCGCCGCGUGCGCCGACGGCGUGCUCCUGUGCAAGCUCGUGGCGCUGAUCGACGGCGACGCCGUGGACCUGCGGGCCGUGAACAUGGGCGCGCUCGGCCGCGCCGCGGACCGAAAGGCCACGUUCAAGGUCGUGGAGAACUGCAACCUGGCGAUCAACGCGGCCAAGGACGUUGGCUGCCGCGUGACGAACAUCGGCCCGCGCGACAUCAUGACCGCGCGGCCGCACCUCGUGCUCGGGCUGCUCUGGCAGGCUAUCCGGCUGCUGCUGACGCAGAAGAUCUCGCUCAAGGAGCACCCGGGCCUCGUGGCGCUGCUCGAGGGCGACGAGACGCUCCAGCAGCUCCUGGCGCUGCCGCCCGAGCGAAUCCUCGUGCGCUGGCUCAACUACCACCUCGCGCGCGCCGGGUCCGCGCGCCGCGUCGCGGGCUUCGGCCGCGACCUCAUGGACUCGGAGGUCUACGCCGUGGUCAUGCAGCAGCUCUACGGCGCCGAGGUCCAGCCCGUGGACCUGACGACGCCGGACCUCGAGGCGCGCGCGGCGCGGGUCCUCGCGAACGCGGCGGCCGUCGGCGUGGCGCCGUUCAUCAAGCCCCGCGACGUCGCGGCGGGCAACGCCAAGCUGAACCUGGCCUUCGUGGCGCAGCUCUUCAACGACCGCCCGGGCCUCGAGGUCGUCGCGGACGAGGCCGUCGCGCGCGAGCUCGCCGGGCUCGACCUCGACGACGCGGGCGACACGCGCGAGGCGCGCACCUUCAAGCUCUGGAUGAACUCGCUCGAGGCGUGGGCCGGGCCCGACGCGACGGACGCGGUGCAGAUCCGCGACCUCUUCGCCGAGUGCCGCGACGGCGUGCCGCUCCUGGCGACGAUGGACGCCGUCCGGCCCGGCUGCGUGCCCUGGAAGAAGGUCCGGCUCGCGCCGAAGAACCGGCACCACGUCGUCGAGAACGGCAACCGCGUCGUCGCCGUCGGCCGCGGCCUCGACCUCGUGCUCGUGAACAUCGGCGGCGUCGACAUCGCCGACGGCAACAAGAAGCUCAUCCUCGCGGUCGUCUGGCAGCUCAUGCGUUAGCAGACCGUCGACAUGCUCAAGCAGCUCAAGGGCGACGGCACGGCCGUCGACGAGGCGGACCUCGUCGCGUGGGCCAACGCCAAGGUCGCGGCCUUCGCCGGGGCGACGCAGCCGCCCAUCCGGUCGCUCAACGACAAGAAGCUGGCGACGGGCCGCUUCUGCGUCGAGCUCUGCGCCGCCGUCGGCGGCGACGUCGUCGACUGGGACCUCGUGACGCCGGGCGCGACGGACGAGGACCGGGCCCUCAACGCCAAGUACGCGCUCUCCAUCGCGCGCAAGGUCGGCGCGCGCGUCUUCUGCACGCCCGACGACAUCGUCGAGGUCAAGCCGAAGAUGAUCCUCCUCUUCAUCGCGGCCCUCUGGCAGGCGGAGCUCUCGGGCGCCACGCGCCCGUCGCUCGGGUCCGAGCCCACGCGCUCCACGCCGGCGUCGCCGCCGCAGCUCGUCGCGAAGACGCCCGUCCAGCCGCCCGCGGCGACGUCGUGGAUCAAGCCCAAGCCGCCGAGCCAGCCCAAGCCGGCCGCCCCGGCGCCGCCGCCGCUCGGCGCGCGCGCCGCGGCGCCGCCGCCGCCCGUGCCCCGGCGCGCGCCCCCUCCGGCGCCGCAGCGCACGGCGCCGCCGCCCGUGCCGCAGCGAGCCGCGGCGCCCGCGCCGCCGCGCCCGGCCGCCUCGUCGGGGCGCAAGCCCCUCCCGCCCCGCAAGCCCGGCGACUGCGCGGGCGUUUCCCGAGCUCCGCCGCCCCCGAAGCCGGCCACGACCUUCAACGACGACGACGAGCACGUCGUCAAGUACGCGGCGCCGGCGCCGGCCGCGUAUGGCUUCAAGAGCGUCAACGGCACCGGCGAGACGGGCGCGGUCGAGUCGAACGACGUGGACGAGGACGAGUGGAACUGAGUGCGCGCGUCCCCUGUGCCUCUGUGUAACAGCCACCAAGGGCUAUCCUAUAUCUAUC